AUGCCAUCAGGAGGAUGUUUCUGCGAUGCGGUCCGCAUAAGCUACACCGGCGAGCCAGGAGCCCAUCUCCUAUGCCACUGUACCGAUUGUCGAAAGAUUACCGGUGCUACUUAUAGUAACAACAUCGUAUUACCGGAAGGACAAUUCAAGCUUGAAUCUGGAAAGCCAAAAACCAUUAGCAAAAAAGCCGAUUCCGGUAAUCAAAUCACCUCACACUUUUGCGGAGAUUGUGGCACCACUCUGUACCGCACUGGUGAUUCUUUACCCAACCAAGUAAUUAUCAAAGCUGGCGUUUUGGAUGAUGACAAUUGGCCAAAUGAGAAUGUUCCAAAGGGGGAAUUGUUUGUUAAGGAAAGGGUGAAGUGGCUUUCCGAAAUUCCUGGUGCUGCGCAAAUGGAGGGUAUGCCUUCGUAG